AGGGUUAAGAGCAGCUCAUGUCGCUUGUUUGCAAAUUCCUACAGGAAGGAAAUAGAGAACUGCGCUGAGCGAAAGGUCGAUAGGCAUUUUCGGUCUAACACCCAGUGGACUUGAAGAGACAAGUUUCUUGCAAGAACACAGCUAACUACAAACAAGCUGCCAGAGAGUUUUAUUUUUAUGUCCAGCAAGAAAGUGUCAAAGUCAGCGAAAGUCAUCGCAAUUUAGGGACGUCGUAUUAGUCAUAUCUAGCUACAGACACGACAGCUACUAAGACGUUGAAUUCCCGAAACGCUGAAGUUUGUAACUUGGAUAUGGAGAGGUGUUUUACAGAAGUCUCGACCCCUGUGGCUCACGCUGUCUCUGUACAUACCUUGUGAAUUUCCUCUGACCCGGGGACCAUAAAGCAUUAUGAUGAAGUUUUAAAUAAUUUCCUCAAAUGUACCAAAGCUGAAGCUGCUGGUUGAACUUCAAGAUAAGCUCUGCAAGCACAGACACUUUCUCCAGUGGCUGAAACGACUUGUGCCCCAGACACGAUGGGGUUUGGCGAGGAGCUGUGGUGUGCCCAGGCCCACAGCUCCCUGCUGCGCCUGCAGGACUCCGAGCUGCGCCUCAUGGAGGUCAUGAAGAAGUGGAUAACGCAGAGAGCCAAGAGCGACCGCGAGUACUCGGCACAGCUGCACCAGAUGUCGGUCACAGUGGAGAAGUUAGACGGGCCCCAACAUGGCGGAGGACUUGACUACAUCAGCCAGCUCAACAAGUCCUGGAGCACUUUGGUGAAUCAGACUGAAAACCUGAGCCGGAUUCUACGCAAGCACUCUGAGGAUCUGUCCUCAGGACCCCUCAGCAAACUCACCCUGCUCAUUCGGGACAAGCAGCAGCUCCGCAAGACCUACGGAGAGCAGUGGAAUAAUUUGAACCAGGAGCUGAGCCGGGUGACACAAGCUGACCUGGAGAAAAUGAAGAGCUGUUACCGACAGCUGGUGCGGGACACAGUCCAGGCCAAGAAGAAGUACCAAGAGGCCUGCAAGGAUAAGGACCGGGAGAAGGCCAGGGAACGCUAUAUCAAGCAGACUCUCAAGCUGCACGAGAUGCACAAUGAAUACGUGCUGUCCGUGAAGGCAGCACAGCUGCACCACCAGCACCAUUACAGCCAGGCCCAGCCCGCGCUGCUCAAUGCCCUGCAGACCCUCCAGGAGGAGAUGGUGCUGGUGCUGAAGGAGAUCCUGCAGGAGUACUUUGACCUCUCCAGUCUAGUCCAAGAAGAAGUGGUGUCUGUCCACGGUGAGAUAGCCAGUGCUAUUGUGGCCAUUGAGCCCCGAAGAGAGUAUGAGAGCUUCAUCCAGCAGAACAGGUCUGUCGUGGAGGUGCCACCCAACGUAGUAUUUGACACUAGUCUCCUGGAGGAGACAGACAAUCUGAUUGCAGGAGAGCUCGAGCUGAACGAACUGACACUGGAGGGCAUCCAGCACCGGCUGACAUCUCUAGAGGAGGAGCUCAUGUCCAUCUCCAACUCCCUGGGCUCUCAGCAGGCCACCGUUAACCAGCUGGAACAGGACCUGCAGUUGGAGGAGAAGAAUGCCAACUUUGGACACAGGGUGUACCAGUUCAGUAAGCGUAACGCCCUAGAAGACAGCCGUCAGCAACUGCUUGUGACAAUGGGCAACCGUGCCAGGCUAGAGGCCCAGAGGAUGAUCCUGUCAGAGAAAAUCAACUCCCUGGGUUCCCAGGAGCCCCCUGCAAUCAUCCUAGAUGAUGAUCGUCUCUCUGUCUCCUCUGCUGAGCGAGAAAAAGACAAUAAUAAAGUCCUCAGUCUGGAGAUCCUCAAAAGUCACAUCUCUGGCAUUUUCAAACCAAAAUAUACGGUGCCCCCUCCUCUGCCCCUUAUCCCAGAGGUGCAGAAGCCCCUGUGCCAGCAAGGGUGGUACCACGGUGCCAUCCCGCGGCUGGAGGUGCAGGAGCUGCUGACGUGCGACGGUGACUAUCUGGUGCGGGAGAGCCAGGGCAAGCAGGAGUAUGUGCUCUCGGUGUGCUGGGGUGGGCAGUGCCGCCACUUCAUCAUCCAGAGCAUCAAUAAUAUGUACCGGCUGGAUGGCGAAGGUUUCCCCACGAUUCCCCUCCUGAUCAAUCACAUUGUGACCUCGAGACAGCAUGUAACCAAGAAGACAGACAUAGUCCUGAAGAGACCCAUCCUCAAGGACAAGUGGGUUCUAGACCAUGAUGAUGUCAUUCUUGGGGAGCACAUUGGUCGGGGAAAUUUUGGGGAGGUAUACAGUGGGCGCCUACAAUCUGAUAACACCCCAGUGGCGGUGAAGACCUGCCGUGCGAACCUGCCUGCGGACCUCAAGAACAAGUUCCUGAUGGAGGCUAGGAUUCUGAAGCAGUAUGACCAUCCCAACAUUGUGAAGCUGAUUGGAGUGUGCACCCAGAAACAGCCCAUCUACAUUGUCAUGGAGCUGGUCCAGGGAGGAGACUUCCUGUCGUUUCUGCGGAGUGAGGGUCAGCGUUUGAAGCCAAAGACGCUCAUUAAGAUGGUGGAGAACGCUGCCUCGGGCAUGGCCUAUCUGGAGGGCAAGAAGUGCAUCCACCGAGACCUGGCCGCACGGAACUGUCUGGUGGCCGAGAACUACGUGGUGAAGAUCAGUGACUUCGGGAUGUCUCGCGAGGAGGAGGAUGGGGUGUACUCUACAACAGGAGGGAUGAAGCAGAUCCCUGUCAAGUGGACUGCCCCCGAAGCCCUGAACUAUGGGCGCUACACCUCCGAGAGUGAUGUCUGGAGUUUUGGAAUUUUGUUGUGGGAGACCUUCUCUUGUGGCAUCACCCCCUACUCCACCAUGACAAAUCAGCAGACGCGAGACGAAGUGGAAAAAGGCUACAGAUUGCCCGCUCCAGAUGGAUGCCCAGCGGACGUGUAUGCCCUGAUGUGCCAAUGCUGGCAAUAUGACCCACGGAAACGGCCCACCUUCCAGGUGCUGCAGAAGGAACUGAGCUGUCUACUUCGCAAGACCCGGUGACCACAGAGCACACGUCGGAGUCAGGCCACAGCUCAGCUCAGAGCGCCGCUUUUAUCUGAUCUCAUCUGUCACCGGGUACCUUGAAGGUUUGAUGUCUGAGCACCAUCCUUGGAAAGCUUUUCAUAAAGUAGUUCUAAAUUAUCUUCAGAAUUAAAUGUGAUUUUAUUUGCUCAAUGAGGCAAUAGGUACUGCGUGUACUGUUUGAACAUUACUUUGAUCUGUGAUCUUUAGACCAUGUAUCUAUAUUGGCAGAAAGAUUUAUCUACAGCAGGCUAAAUAUAAGUGUGGGGCUGUUGAACUACACUGUUGCUAGUAAAGGUGAGAACAGCUCUGUAACAUUAGAUAAUGCUGUCGCUGGCUGUUUUUCUUAAGGUUUGUCAGUACUGUAAAUUCUAAGACAUUCUUGAUUACUCAUACUUCAUGUAUCGUACAAUAAUUGUACUGAAAUCAUAAGACCACUAGCUGUCAGGUCUAAGUGCUUAAAAAGCCCACUGUUGGGAAAGCUACAGCUGAGAAGAGUAUUGCUAACUCCGAUGUGCUUUGAGGUAGACAUCUUGAUCAGCAGAUUACCACGAUCUUCUACCCUGCAUGUACAGCAGUAAGUCUGCUCAACGUCAUUUGUUUGAACCUGAAUGUAAGACGGUAAUGUUUUUUUAAUUGCUGCAAACGUUUGAAGUAACUAAAUUGGAAAAAAAAAACAGAUGUGGUUUUAUA